AUGAAGGGAGCAUUUAUUCUUGUCGCAGAUCUCGCAACGGCGGCGGUCAUGAAUGGGCAUCACCGUCCCCGCGACUCUCAUUAUGGUCAUGUUCUCCAUCAUCAUAAGCUUCACAAGCACCCCCGGGGUCUGGAGUUUCAGAGCGACACUACAGUGCAGUCAGAAAUGCCAUCUCAUAUCGCGGAGAUUGAUAUAAGCAGAAGAGCUCCCCAAAUAAAUCCCGCCUGUCUUGAUUCUGCUGAUGAUGCUAACAUGGGUUGUACAGACAGUGCGUACCAUAUAGCGGGUAACCUUACGACCCUCCCGUGCUCCCAAACGUCGACCGCCAGUACGAAUCUGUCAGGUAUUACUGGCGAGGGCCAGUACGGUAUGUCUUAUACCCCAUACACUCAGGAUGGAGGCUGUAAAGGUAAAAAUGAAGUGUUGGCGGACCUAAAGGUGAUCACGAAUAAAGGGUUUGACCGUGUUCGUUUUUACUCUACUGACUGUAGUGCGCUUUCUCAUAUCGGCGAGGCGUGUAAGAACGAUGGUUGUCGUAUGAUUUUAGGGAUAUACAUUGACCAAACCGGGAUCGCUGCUGCUGAGAAGCAAGUCCAGGAAAUCGCAGACUGGGCGAAGUGGGACUUGGUUGACCUGGUUGUCGUGGGAAAUGAGGCCAUUCAAAACCGUUUCUGUGACGCGCCGGCGCUAGCAGCAUUUAUCAGAAGUACCAAAGCGACUUUAAAGGCCCACGGGUACAACGGAAAGGUGACAACUGCCGAAACGGCCAACGUGUGGCAGAGGUAUGGGGCCUCCCAUCUCUGCGCCGAGGUCGACCUAGUCGGAGCAAAUAUCCAUCCGUAUUUUAAUCCCACAGUGGAAGCUGCUAAGGCGGGAAAGUUUGUUGUAUCUCAGAUCGACGAACUUAGUAGGAUCUGCAUGGGCCAAAAGGUGAUAAACCUAGAGACUGGCUGGCCGAACGCCGGCGUGGCCAACGGCGCCGCGGUUCCUGGAGAAGACAAGCAGGUUACUGCGAUAAUGGCUAUUGCCAAGGCCGCAGGCGCACGUUGUGUCUUUUUCUCGUAUUCUAAUGAUCUUUGGAAGUCGCCCGGCGACUUUAACGUGGAGCAACACUGGGGAUGUGCUGACGUCUUCUAA